AUGAAGAGACUUUUGAUCAAGUCGGAGUUCAGUGUCUGCUCCAAUUUGCUUGAGCGUGCAAUCCUUAUAAAUCGUUGUUCAGAAGCCAAGAAAUUAACUUGUGGCAUUGAAUUCGUUCCCCACUUGAGAAUAACCAUGAAUGGUCGAAACGAUGUCACUGUGUACGCAGUUUUGGUGCCCUUUCCUGCCCAGGGCCCCGUCAACGCUUUCAUUCAUCUCGCAGAUCUCUUGGCCGCACAGGGAUGGACUCACAAACGCGUCUUACCGCCGGAGCACGGCCGCACCUCCCACCUGGGCGAGCUAUUUACAGCGCUGGCAAAGCGUAGAGACGCCUUGGAGACUCUCCUCCGCACUGAAUGUCACAAUGGACAUGGCGUUCCUCCCAUCACGUGCAUCGUGGCAGACUCUUGUAUGUCUUGCACCGCAUCAGUGGCCACCAAUAUGCGAGUGCUAAGAGUUGUCUUUUGGCCUGUUUGUGCCACUGUCUCUAUUGUUCAGAAAUACGCUCAUUCUUUUCUUUCCCAGGGCCACAUUCCUGUCAAAGUGAGCGAAGGAAAACGUCCGGAGAUAAUGAUCACUAGCCUACCGGGGAAUAUACCAGCUCUAUGGCCCAGCGAUCUGAUAUCUUUCUACCGCGAGCAGUUUACAUCUGAUCUGCUCUAUGAAGCGUUUCCCUUUGAGUCACGAAUGUGUGACACGGGGGACUACGUGCUUGUGAACACUUUUGAGGAAUUGGGAGGGACAGAGACGGCAGCGGCACUCUCCAUCAACGGGUGUCCAUCUGUGUUAAUAGGCCCUGUGUUUCUCCCUAACUUUUUAGGAGGGGAGAACUCAACGCUGUCUAUGUGGGAGGAAGACGAUAGCUGCUUGCACUGGCUCGACAGACAACGCCCGCGGUCUGUGUUGUAUGCUUCGUUUGGAAGCUUGGCCCUCAAAUCGCAAGAGCAGUUGGAAGAGCUGGGGCAGGCUGCUGUUUUGCCCAAGGGAUUGGAAGAGCGAACCAAAGAUCGCGCCUUGUUUGUGAAAUGGACGCCGCAAUUGAAGGUUCUUGCGCAUCCUUCGGUGGGAGGAUUUCUGACGCACAGCGGGUGGAAUUCAACAGUAGAGAGCAUAAGCAUGGGAGUGCCCAUGAUUGGCUGGCCUUAUUGCGGUGAUCAGUUCCUCAAUCGCAGAUUCGCUAAAGAAAUACGGAAGGUCGGCUUGGAUUUUAAGGACAUGGACGUUGACGACGGGAGGCUGGUGAGAAGAGAAGAGAUAAAGAAUGCAGUGGUGAGUGUGAUGGAAAGCGAGGAGCUGCAGAAGAAAGCGAUGAAGCUGAAAGACGCGGCAAGGAAAGCAGUGAUGGCGAGGGGUUCUUCAUUUAACAACAUAACCACGUUCAUCCAGGAUAUGCUCAGACAUGCCAAAUCACUGUCACUGUCACUGCGAGGAAACAUGUGA